CAAAGAAAAUUUCAAUAAAACUGUAUGGUUCAUCACAGUAGAUAGAAAAGUGUUAAUUGUGAAAAAAUGAACACCAAACUUGUACAACAUGUAUAAUAGCAUUUUUAAUAAAACAUUUUACUAACAUUAUGUUUAGUCAUUAUAUAUGCGCAAAUAAGCUGAAUCAAUAAAUUUGAGCAAUGUACUCAAGACCUAAUGAAACUCAUUUGAAUAACUUUAUUUUGAAUAUUAAAAUAAAAUUUGUCUGUGGGUUAAAAUUAGAAAUGACAAAUUGUAGGGUUGGAUAAAAUUUAAAAUGUAAUUUUACAUCUCUUUGUUUUUGGUUCAGUUCAAUAUUUCUAAUACCUUUUAUAGGUUGAUUAUCUUACCAUGGUUGGCUGCGUUGCAUUUGGAUGUAGCAGUCGGUCUGAGAGAGGAAUCAGAAUGUACGGCUUCCCCAAAGAUGCAGAGAGAAGAAGAAAAUGGUUGGCUCAAGUCAGCAGGAAAAACUUUACCGUGACCAGAGAUCACAAUAACAAAAAGCUGUGUGCGGUACAUUUUGAGGAGCAACAGUUUACAAAGACUAGGAAAGGCAAGGUGAGACUCAAGGCUGAUGCUGUUCCAACCCUGUUUGUCCAUCGCCCUAAACCAAGGAGGAGGAAGGAUCCCGCAGUGAGAAGUGCAGCAGAACCACUGCAUGUUGAUCCACUGACCAGUGACCACACAUACUGUACUCAAAGGAUGAGGAAACCAGCUGCAGCAGUGAGGCAAAUGAGAUGUUAUCAGGAGAGAGGGACAUCCCAGGAAGCCAUGAGGAGCCGGCAUCAGGGAGGAAAUAGAAAGUCACCUCCAGAUGUCAGGACUUUUAAGAUGUUUAAGACUCUAAACGCACGAAAAGCCCCUGGCCCUGAUGGUGUAUCUCCUGCCACUCUAGCACUGUGCUGAAGAACUAGCCCCUAGUGUUUAUGGGCAUUUUCAACUCCUCACUGCAGGCAUCUCAUGUGCCUGCUUGUUUCAAGACCUCCACCAUAGUCUCAGUCCCCAAGAAGCUAAGGAUCACUGGACUCAAUGACUACAGACCUGUGGCUCUGACAUCUGUGGCCAUGAAGUCAUUUGAGCACCUGGUUCUCCCCCACCUCAAUACCCUCACAGCCCCGCUCCUGGACCACCUGCAGUUUGCCUACAGAGCCAACAGGUCUGUAGAUGAUGCCAUCAACAUGGCUCUGCACUAUCCUGCAGUAUCUGGACUCCCCGGGUACCUACGCCAGGAUCCUGUUUGUGGACAUCAGCUCUGCUUUCAACACAACCUCCUCCAAGACAAACUAUCCCAGAUGAAUGUGCUUGACCCCAUCUGCAGGUGGAUCACAGACUUCCUGAUGGACAGGAAGCAGCAAGUGAGGCUGGGAAAAAAAAGUCUUGGGCCUGCAGACCAUCAGCACCGGUUCUCCUCAGGGUUGUGUUCUCUGCCCUCUGCUCUUCUCCCUGUACACCAACAGCUGCACCUCCAACCACGAGUCUGUCAAGCUUAUCAAGUUUGCAGACGACACCACCGUCUUCCGACUCGUCUCUGACAGGGAUUAAUCUUCCUGCAGAGUGGAGGUGGAACAGCUGGUGUCCUGGUGCAGUCACAACAACCUGGUGCUAAACACCCAGAAGACAGCGGAGGUUGUUGUGGACUUAAGGAAGCACACAGAUCCUAGCAAAUUUCUUGAUUUCUGGUACACAUGCAUGUCUUUGGAAGACUAACUACAGCUGAAAUGUUGGUGGUCUUAGCUCUUUAUGCGGCCAAGUUACAGGACAAUAGAAAAAUAAACGUAUGAACCAUCAAGUGGAUACAUUCAUUUUCUAUUAUACCAUUGUGAGUAUUUUACCUGUUAUGGUUACCUGAUUCUGUUUCAAUUAAAAUGAAUAAAUCUGUAUUUUAAACUGAAAUUGUAUUUGAUUUGUAGUCUAAGUCUGCAUAAUUAUCAGCAUCAAAGUGUAUACAACUGACACCAAUAAUAAGAACUUUUAUUUGAAAGACAACAAAAAAAGAAGCGAGAACUUUCAGGCAGUAGAGCCACAGGAAGACUUCAACUUGAGUUAUUUGGUGCAGAGAAAUCCAAUAGAGGAGAGAACUACCUUCUGCUGGAUCCAUUUAAAAGGGGUGCUACACUGUUCUGAUCAAGCUGAAGGAGGGGGAGGGAGGUCUGACUGAUGCCAACCUAAAAUCCUUUUAAAUAGAUUGAAGUAAGGGUGGAAUAAUUACACCCAUAUUUGUAACUUAUUGCUUAAAGAUGAACAAGAGGUAUUGCUGUCAGGUUGGGCUGUGAUACACUGGUCAGCCACUAGAUGACGUCAUCAGAUAAAAUGAUUAAUAGGACAGCUACUUUAAGAUAUGACUCAAGAGAUCCAAGGAUAGCAGGUGAGUAGUGAGUAGUAGCAGUGAUAGUGUGAGGUGCUGUUAGAGCUGAAUAAAAUAUUUUUUAAAAUUAAAAUUCAAGAGAGUCCAGAGCCAUCCAGAAUGUAAUAUCAUCAAGACACUCCAGUAGGUGCUGGACGGAGGGUACGGUGUUUAGUGGUGAAUUGGUGAGUUUUGAAAUCAGUAGCAGUAGAAGUGAUUCCUCAUUUGCUCAAAACAGACCCCAAAGGGUGAUGGUACAGAAAGAAGAGAAGAUGUCCAAGGAUUGAACCCUGGUGGACCCCACGGGAUGAUAAUUCUGAAAAUGAAGGAAAACUAACCCCAAAAAUCAAAGGGAACUUUGCAGUUUUGGCGUCCUUUUGGCACCCCUUGUGUCCGUUUUAAUGUUUUAGUGGUUCGUCACUAAAUCAAACAAAUCAGCUGUGUUCAAGAUCUAAAACAUGCAGGAAACGUGUCUCAGAGCUCUCACAAUAAUUCUUGUUUGACUCCUAUUGUGGUCAGAUGUUCCUUUAAUUUUUUAGCUUAAUCAGAAAAAUGUUUUCUUUGUUUCGUCUGAGGCUCCACCAUGAUAAACACGUUACAAUAAAUGCUAACAGGUAUAGCUUGUCUGUUCUGAGGUGGAUUGCCUUAAAGCGUGGCUUUGUGAGACUUCAGCACAGCGGUCCGGAGAGGCUGAAGUUGUGAACCGGGUAUCCUGUUCACAAGGGGUGGAGGGGGCUGUGAGACUUUUCAUUAAAGGGUCAUUUUAGCCCAAACUGGCUGAAGAAAAUGAUUUAAAAAUAUGAAAAAGUUGCUUGAUAUGCCUUUAAAGUGAGGGUCACGGCAUGGGUGGAGAUGUAUUUCAUCCACACUUCCUGUUGGGAAAACAAGUUGUUAACGAGCGCGAACAUGCACUCACACAAGACUUACUGCUCAGGAGAAAAGCAGACAUAGAUUCUGAAGCAUUCUGGAGGAUUUCCUGUUAACCACGAUUAUUCGAUGUAAAGGGGAGGAUGGCAUUUUUUUCAAGGAGGCAAGGGCUGAGCCAGGUGAAGGUGCGGCUGCCUCACCUGGAGACCAGUGCGGUGCAGCCACGUAGUACUUUGCUGACGUCACGUUUUUCAGCUUAGCCAUCAGUCACAGCUGGUUCUACAUAAAUGUGGAGCAGAGUUUUUACCUGAAGAUGGAGAUAGAAUUAUGGUUUUGGGCUGAAAUAUUAAAUUUAAAGUAAGCUGCACUAAACUGCCACACUAAUGAUUACACAUGUGCACAGCACCAUUAGACACUCAUCUAUACAGGUUAUCAGCAAAAAAAAAAAGUUAAUUUACUUGCUCUUUAACUUUCACCACUUGGGUAAGUAUGGAUCUAAUGCAGUGCAGCACAUUCAAUCCAAACCCAAUUCUCAAUAUUUUUUAUUCAAGUUUACUGAUGGGACAGAUAUAAUAACAUAGACAGACUGGCAUCAUGUACAGAAACAUCUGUGCAGAGUAUGGACUGGAAGCCCCAAGGUCAAAGUGGGUAAC